GCGAAAGCGGUGGCGAGAGGCGCAUCGGAGACCUACGAGUAUCCAUGGCGCGAAAAGCUCCAGAAGUUCAAGGGCGAGCUGGCGAAGGGAGUCUGGGGCUACUGGCAUCUCGGAGCCUGGAAACCCCUCGGUCUCAGCGCCCGAAAGCGCGCUCGACUUCGCAAAGAAGUGCUCCUCGCUGGAGAGGAUUGGCCGUACGAUCCGCCGAAGGGGGAGAUGAGGACGAAGAGGAAAGGGCACAAGGUUGAUCGCAUUGCCGCUGAGAAGAGGGCGAAUACGGUUGAGUUGAUGAAGAAGAUGCCAGAAAUGCUACUGGAUUACAAGAAGCGUAGGUGGGAGAAGAAAAUGAAAGCUGAGGAGGCAAAAGAUUGAACCAAGGACUGCAGAGAAUGGCUCCUUUAUUAUGAUCUGCUUUCAUUCGUUGCUGAAUUAUUUCAGCUGUUUUCUUGUAUUGGAAUUUUGUUGUUUUAUGCAAAACAGUUUUUGUUCCAUUUUACUCUGUCAAUAUGGCUAAUAUCAGUUUGAACAUGACAGUCUCA